ACCUAGAAUUCCUUGUUUGGGAGGGAAGAGUUUGCUUGCGCCAGAAAGAGUCAACGACUUGCACUCAGUCUGACUGGUCAGUUAUGACAAGCACGUUCGCAGACACGAAGCGGAUCUGUAAGGAUAACGUCACUGACACAUGCGGAUGCAUGAAGGGGACGGAGAACUUUCCAUGAUUUUAAAAACGUCUGAGAAAGAAACAGGUAUUUUUGCGGCUAUGAUGGAAUUAACAUUUUCUUCCGUUUCGGUGGACAAUAGGCUACAAACAUCAUUUUCUCUGAACAUGUUGCAGCUUCUUUAAAAGGAUCGUAUUGCCAAACUCGACAUCCGCGUGAGAUCGCGAAUGAUCGAAAGGUUGGACCGAGCCGCAACAUAUAGUGAACUUAGCUUCGGUACCCAUCUCAUCCUCGUCGUACGCAAUUCUUUAUUGCACAGACUGCCUAAUAUAUGAGAGGAAACUGCAGCGAGAGGUGUCAGUGUGAAGGUAAAAAAAUGGAGCGUGUGAUCGUUUCUGGAAAAAAAAGCCGUUAUAUGGUAUAUUUCUUAGGAAAGAAAUGUAAAUUGGGCUAUUACUUUUGGUUUUCUCUCUGCACGGAACAUGCGAGAGAGUUUCAGAUAAUGCACAACAUACGGUAUAUCAUUCGGUCAGUAGCCCCAAUACUUUCUGUUUUUUCUUAUAGGGUAACUAUAUGGAAAUGGACUUUUAAAGAUGACUUUCUAACUAGAUUCGGUUUAAGUCCGUCACAUAUUAUAUUGAUCGGGACUUUACAUCCAUUCAUUUGACCCACGUAAGGUGGUUGCCAUUCAGAAGAAGCCUUUUGGGAAUGUGUCUGAGGUUGGGUCUUUGCGGGCAAGGUGAGUGCUCUGUGUUCUCUCAACUGGCCUACAAAGUCCCAGUUUUUGACUCAUGUGACCAUCGACGGUGUGUCUUUAAGAGAAUUGAUCAAGUUCUUUGUCUCCGAGAAACAUUCAACCUGCGUAACAGCGUGAUAUCUAAUCGCUGUCAGACUCUCUUCUUUUUAAUAAAUUUAGAUUUUCAUUCUAGAGUAUAAAAAUAGAUUCAAUACCCCAGUGCAUCAUAAAAUACCAGCCAAAUCUAACUAUUUAAAACCAUUCCAAGUAACCAUUGUUUCGCAGGUGACUUAUAAAUUACGAAUUAAUGUUUUGAAAGCAGACAUUUCAAAUAUGUGUCAAGAGACCAAUAGGUGUGGUAGAAAUACAAAUAAAGCAGACGCCGUAUUGAACUGGCAAUGUAUUAUGGGCUGCCUGGUAUGAUGAAAGACUAAUUCUGUAAUGUGGUUAAUUUAGGGUAAUACAUUGCUAUACGUAAUUUCAGGCACUCGGAAAACUACCACUUUUGUAGUAACUCACAGAAGCAGCGAAAAAAACCAAAAAGCCCAAACCAGUCGUGCUCCUGUUCAUUAAACAAUACGUCAUAUAUGUUAAGUCAGUGUAUGCGAAUUCUCGGUUUUUAAAUGUUAAAGACAUUAUGUCUGUCGCUCACGUAGCUUUUUCCUAUUUUGAGCCACGCAGUAUUACAUAAAACUGUGAUAGUUUUAAUUAAUUUCACUACCUCUUAAAUAAAUGCCUUCAAGAUUAGCGCAAAUUGCCUAUUGUAAACAGAUUGUUAUACAUUCCAUCGUCAAAUUAAAAACUUUACAUAUGCUUCAAAUAGUAAGUUUUAUUAAUGAAAGUAAUGAAGUUAAUAGUUAUUCGUAAAAUAAUUAAAACACAUGUUUAAUUGUUAAGCUUGAAAAGUGAAAUUCAGAUUUAAUCGGUCAUUUAACAGAAGCAAAUGUUAGUGCAUCAUAAUACUAAACACGAUUUGCUAAAGACUUAAAAGCAUAAAUGUAUAACUGUUUAGUGUACUGGUAAUUAUUUUAGGAAUUAUCGAUGGAAUUGUUUUAUUAGUGAAAUUUAAAAGGAAACGGUAACAUAGCAUGGCAUUGAUGAUUAUAUUUAAUUAAUUUGAACAAUUUCCUGUUUUAAAAAUAGGAUCCACAACUAAUAUUUUACUAUUUUGACAUAUUUAAACAUUAUUCAUGCAUUUUAUUAUUUAUGUCUUGACGUGUUAAAAUGCUUUUUACAAACAUCUGUUUAAGAAAGCUGAUUCCUUAAUAUAUUUUCUUCAUCAAUCAGUAUUUAUGAAGGAAAACGACAGAACAUUAUUGUGUAAAUGCCAAAUAUUAAAUUAGUGGUUAAUGUGGUCACUCUCUUUAAAAUAUUAACUCACGUUAUAAUGUUACAUUUAAGGAGACCUCUAAAACAAAUAAAUGCUUAGAGCUGUAAUUAUUUAACAAACUUUUUGAUAUUUCUUACAUAUUAAAUUAUUUAGAAAGUACAUAAUUUACAACUGUUAAAAUCAAAUAGCUUAUUAUCUUCUUACAAGAGCUUUUCUAAAAUUGCGCUAAAAUUCUUCAGCCACGUCAAAACUUUUUAAACCUGGAACAGAAAAAGUACAACCCAAACACUUGAAUGGGUUUUUAAAUAUAAACAGCAGGAAAAUAAAUUUAAAAAACAUAUAUAACAUUUUUAAACAAAAUAAGAGAAACUACAAAACAAUACCAAUUGUAUAUUAUUCAUAAUAUUAUUAUUAAUAAUAAUCAUAAUCACAAGAUUUAUAAGUUUAAGAUACAGUUUUCCUAACCUAAAGACUAGGGCUGAGUUUCCCAAAGUGCUCUUAAUACGACUUUGUUCGUAAGUACUGGAAAUUCACCCUAGAUCAUUAAGAAGUAGCACAGGAUGAGCACAAUGAACUAAGGAAUUCUGGGAAAUUGACAUAGCGAGCUGAUUAAAUAUGAGAUACUAUGGCACAUGUGACCGCCUGCCCGGGAUCCCCCAGUGGGUCUGGGCCGCGUCUCACAAACAGCACUGUCCCUUCUGAUCUCUCUAACCGAGCAGCUCUGCACCAUCGUUUGUCAGCCAGGCUUUGCAAAGAAGUCAGAUGCGCGACACACUGGGGAUCGUUAAGGCCUGCGGGGAGUGUGUGAAGGUGAACAGCGCCGGGUGGGGAUCCCCCUCUCUGAACAGCAAGUGCACCCACCAGAAGGAGUUAAUUGUCACUACUAAAUUAUUGCCAGUAUUUAAGGCUGCAGUUUGAGUUUGUUCACCUAUUUGCUUCACACGCUGCAAACUGCCUCGGAGUGGGUUGAACUCGCUCACCCUUUUCAUACCUCUGCGCAAAUCCCAAUGCAAGUCCUAUUUUUUUAAUAUGCGCAAUUUAUAAACCCUGGCGUGCCGGUUUUGAAGAGAAAGAAAGCUGUUCCCGUCUUUUUCCCCACUUAAAGUUCACAGCUGUUGGACGGCUGACAGUUCGACCUGGUAACUUCCAGUCCUUGGAAACUGGGAACCCCCCCCCUCACAAUUCCCCAACUGCUCCCUGACCCAUUGACUCUAGAGUCACUAAUGGCCCCGGGAGUGAAGGGGCUAUGGAGUAACAGGUUGGGGGGGGCACCCAAGAGGCAGCAAGAAAAAUGAGGGACUUUUGGGGGCAGCUGUGUUUCAUGGAACCAGUCAUAAUGCCCCUAAAAAUCCUUAUUACUCUUGCAAUGUUCAGCCAUCUUCUGAGGAGCUUCCGCCUGCCCCCCUGUGGGACCCGCCUGACCCCGCUGGCCAUCGCCACAUUAGCACGCCAGCACAUGCUCAUGUGCACCAUUUACUUCAAUUUACAAGGCAAGUCACAUGACUGUACAGCAACGCAGACCUUAUAUGGAUUCCUGCAUUCCCAAUUACAUUUACGGUGGCCUGUGUUUUAAAUGAUGUUGUUUAAAAUGUGUUUAGAUGUUUCAACUUCAAGUGUGCUAUGAAAUAAUUUUGUUUUAUGCGCCGACAAUUAAAUUGUCAAUUUUCUCUAUUCCUGUUGAAUGUUGAUUUACUGAAUUUGAAUUUAAUGAAUUUAAAUCUCCAAAAGGGAGCCAUCCAGUACAGGAUCAUAUCCAUCCACCAUCUGCUGACUGUGAACAGGAAUUGAGCUGGUUUUGGGUGGGGGAGCCAGCCAAUAUGUUUCAUAACACACACAUAUAUAUAUAUAUAUAUAUAUAUAUAUAUACACACACACACACACUCACCAACAAAAGAAUAUACUCAUGAUUAAACAUCAAAUGUCAUUGUAUUUCAGAUGCAUGUCUAAAUUCAGCGAAAACAUUCAAAUGUGAAAAUCUAAUAUUCCCAAAUGCUCUCAGAUUUCUUCAUUUUUUUAGUCUGACUGGUCAGUGCAACUUCCGGAAUAAUGAAGUUGCAUGGAAAUUUCAGUGGAAUCCCCAAUGAGUCACGUGGGGAAUUUCACUGUUUCCUAAAAGACUCAUAUUACCCAUUGCUGGAGCUGGGAGAGAGCAGAGGCCCUGGCUUUGGGAAGAUGCGGAGAAUGACCUGUCAGAACUUGCGGAACUGCCCAGCGCAGGAAGCACCACUUUCCGUGCCCUUUUGCAUCUUCGAUUCGCUAUCGAUGCUGUUGCUCUCUUUAGCAUUUCCAGCCUUUAAUCUCAUCACUCUUCCUUAGUCCUCUCUUAGCGUUAGUGUAACAUUCCUUUGCUGUGAGUACUAGCAUCGUUCUGCCUAGUAUUGUUCUCAUUAAUUUAACUUUUUUUCUUUUUUUUAAUGCGAUCUCCUGACUAGCUUUAGCUCUUUACCGUUUCUUGUGCCAGGGUGGUAGUACGCCUCUUGCCAACAUUUGUAAUCUCUUUGCUGCUAUUGGUCCUGGCCAGAGAAAACCUCACUGCACGCCACAAUCAUAUUAGCAUAAGAGCAAUGGCUACUAUUAAAAAAAAUAUGCACACAAACACAUGUUUGUCUCACUUCUUCUCACACCUGUACAUGCAAGUAAAAACCUGCAGUUAAAAAAAAGGCACAGAAGCCAUUGGCAGUGGAGUCCUCGAUGCCUGUUAGAUGCAGUGCCCAGUGCCAGUGAGCUGGCAUGGGAGCCGUUUACCUGCAAACAAGUAGAGGUGUACCAGGCUAAUAGGCAGGAACGGGCAGCCAGGGGAAGCCAGAGGCUGGGCCACACCCAGUGGGAGAGUCAGCACCCCCUUGGGGCCUCUUUGCGCUCCUGCUGCUCGCAGCACCCGUGAGGGUGUCAGCCAAACACAGAAGUUAAGUACAGCUACAACACAACCUGGAUAAACAGGAAACAUAGCAUGUUCUGCCAAAUGAGAAUGCAGUACUUCCACAACCCCUGGUUGGACCCCAUGCUAUUUAAAACUGAUUUAUGACACAUUUGAUCUUAAUAAAAGAUGGAUAGCCUUAGUUAUUCCUGUAACAAUGUCAUCAAUCAACUAUUCCUAUUAACACAAAAGGAUAUGUAAUAGAAGCGACAUGCUUGCUUUGCUACUCGUUACCAUUAGAAUCACUUUGAAUACAGCUGUAUGCCUGUAAAUUGGCAGGCAUAAAAUUUCUUGCGGGGGGAGGGUGGGGACACUCUGCGUCAUCAGGCCAUUGCAUUUGCAUUUAUAGCUGACAGUCAUUGGCGGAGUAGCAACCCAGUCAGGGCAAACGGACUCCUCUUCUGUCCUGAAACGUUACCAGGCACUUAGUGUUUUAACAGCAGGCAACAAUUUAGCCAGCCUUUGCACUGACGGAUCAUUGUGGUGUUUUUAGGCGCACCCCGAUCAGCCUCGGUUUCACGCCAUGUGCAUCCUCUAGUCCGGCCCAAAAGAGAAAGAACAAAGAGUAACGGGAGUGCUUUUUAGAGCGCCUGGCUUUACGGAGCGUUCGGUCGCCUGUUCCCGCAGGCUUUCGCGAAGACGUCCCGUCGCUUCUCCGGCAGCUGCCUCCGAGGUAUCACUGUAGUGGCAUCCAAAUUAGAAGAUGGAUUCUAAUGAACUUAGAAAUUCACUUGAAAGGCAGCACGAGAACAGUGAGUCACCAAAUGAUUGUGCUUCCCUUCUCAGUCCCUUUAUAAACCGUUGCUCACAAAGGCUCACAAGCCCCGAUAAUUUAAGUGUGGCAGAAACUGGGCUAUCUGUUAAACGCAAAACUGAAAAAUGUGUUCAUACGAACAAAAAAUAUUUUCUUUUUCCCCAAAGCAGGCGGAAAUAAAAGUCCAAAAUAAACAGAACCAUGUUUGCCUCACACAUAAGUGCUUUAAAAACAAACUUGAUUAAGUAAAUCUGAAACAUUUUCAGCUCAGGCAAAACAACUUCAGUGACCUAAUGGUCAGACGAGGCUGUGGAAGCAAGACAGGCACUUUGAGAGUGUUUUAAAACUUUCGGUCUUAAACUGACCUAAGCAAAGAGAAUCUUGGUGGACCCAUGACUUUUUUUUCCCCUGGCUUUCUGGUGGAGGUGUUGAUUAAUUUCUGGCAAAGCAGAUUGUCGACUGCAACCAAUUAUUACUCAGCAAGACACUCUAGCCUUAAGUAACCCGCAGAAACAAUAACUAUAUUUACAUGAAUAGACCAAAUUGCCCAAAAAUUCCUCUGCUGUUUCAGCUCAGCCCCUCUGAAUCACAGGCAAUUAGAAAACAGAACCCCAGUCGAUAUUGCAAUACUGGUGAUUUAAGAAACCAAUUUAAUGUUGGACUGCCCAAAUUUGCAUGGGUGUCAAUGAUGCAAUCCUUCCUGGCUGCAAUCAUUAUCAGCUGGCUGCAACAUUGUACUACUUCUGCAAGUCCAGGUAGAUAUCAAUUCUGAAUUUGGUUUGCUGUUGUGGCAAAAAACUGCUUCACAUACUAAGUAUCAUUUAAAUUAACAUGUAAUAUACAUAACAUAUAGACUGUAACAUAGACUAUCCAUCCAUCCAUCCAUUUUCCAAACCGCUUAUCCUUCUGGGUUGCGGGGGGUCCAGAGCCUAUCCUGGAAGCUAUGGGCAUGAGGCAGGGAACAACCCAGGACCAUCACAGGGCACACACACACACACACACACCAGUCACGCACACAUAAAAAUGUAGUAACUCCAAUAAGCCUCAGCAUGUCUUCAGACUGUGGGGUGGAGGAACUGGAGGAAACCCCACGACGACAUGGGGAGAACAUGCAAACUCCACACACAUGGAACCCAGGCAGAAACUCAAACCCAGGGCCGCGAGGCAACAGUGCUAACCACUGCAACACCAUGCCGCCCUGUACUACAGUGGAGCAUUUCAGUUUUAACACACCUGCAAACAGAUCCUCUAUUUCUCAUCAGACUUUCCAAUCGACUUUUCCUACAUUUAUAAAUCAACCCUUUGAAUUUGGUCUUUAACUAGUGCAAGUGUUGCCUAAGAAAAGAGAAUGGCAAGUAAGCAGGACUGCUUAGGUCAGGUGCAUUCGCUGACAGCAAGAUUCUGGCCCCUGAGAUAGACAACUUUGUAAAAUACGGACAUGACAUCUAUGAGCAUUUGCGUUAAAAACACCCUGAGAGCAAAUUGUCCUGUUGCGAAAGUACGCUAAAGUUUUAACCGAUGCUUGAGUCAUGAUGACGUUACUGUAGCUUUGAGCAGAAAACUUCUAAGUAGAUAAGUCAAUGCAGAUUGCUAUGCAUUGUCGUCUAUUUUUACAUUACUCUUCGUUUUUUUAUGUUUUUCUGCUAUCUAGUUUUGUACAUCACUUUGUGACUGUGUUUUUUUUACUGUGAAAGGAAAGGAGCUUAAUGAAUAAAUGUUACUACUGUUUGCUAAGGUGCAAAAACAAGAUCUCGGCCAAUGGGGCUUGAUCUAGCAAAGGGGAGACAACCUCAGCCCUGAACAGCGGUGGAAAUUUCAGGUCCAGAAAGUAUAAAUCCAGACCGUGAUUUCCUUUCAACCAAAGAGUUGAGCAUAAAAGAGUCACAGUUACAGAGUACUCCACCGGUUGGUUGAAACAAAAUCCUGAUCUGGAUUUCUACUUUCUGGACCUGAAAUUUCCACCUCUGGCCCUGACAUUCGACUCCUGAUGUUCCCCGCAGCACGCAAAGCAUGUUAUAUUUUAGGAGAACAGAAAAGCUCACAAUUCAACGUCCCUCAGGGGCAACAAGCUGGCUUGGCAGUGCUUGAGCGUUGGCUGCAUUCGCUCUGGUAGUCACUAAUCAUGACACAACUCCCACCACACCCCUCGCUGGCUAACUGCCCACCCUACUUGCCCAAAAAACACAUAUAGGGGCCCUCAGCGCUACUGAACCCAUUGCCCAAUGACCAAUAUAUAUGGCGGAGUUUGUCACCAGUGUGUCAUCAUUGAAAUAAAAGUAUGAAACGCUUUUGAAUGCUUAACAAAUACCUAAGGGUGUCAGGGUUCAAGUGGAGGGUGAUAGGUCAAGAAGUGUGUGUUACAGCUGACGACAAAAAUGUUCAGAGCAAGACAGGCUCAGGGGUUAGAAAGCCUCUGGGCUUUCCUGAAAGUUCCAAGGAUUUCGGUGGACUCAUAAAACCAGGACGCUUAGCUAUAGGCGCCUGCCUUUGCCCCUUAACAUAUUGAAACAGGAAGUAGAAUAACGAUUUCCAUUGCCAGUCAUUUUAAUAAAUGCUAACGCUUUGCUUUAACUGCACCUUCAUAAUGCAUUUAUAAUGCAUUCAUAGAACAUUCAAUGCACCUUCGUAAGACAUUUGCAGAAGCUAGGGCAGUGGUUGUUUAAUGGUUAGGUACAUGCACUUUUAAUUGAAAGAUUGCUGGUUUGAAUCCCCGACCAGCGAGGUACCCUGACGAGGGUACUGCCCACAGGCACUACUCUCUGGGUGCUGAAUUAGCUGCCCCCAGGUAUGUCACAUUGUCACACAUGGGUUAAAUGCAGAGGACACAUUUUGUUGUUGUAAACUGUGUGCUGUGAUGUGUCAACAAUGACACCCAAUCAGCUUUAACAUAAUAUUAUAUAUUAUAAUCAUAUAAUCAUACUGUCAUGCCCGGCUCGUGUGUGCCACGCCCCCUGAUUAUCCACGUGUGCUUUCCCGAUCUUGCCCAGCUGUGUCCUAUUAUUUUCUGCCAGCUGCAUCCUUUGCCUGCCUGUGUCGUCCUUCCCUACCUCCAGCCUGCCUACCUGCCCGUGUUUACCAGUGGAUCGUAACAGAAUGACCGACCCAAACAAGAGGGAAAAACAGAUGAGAAGGAGGAAGCUCGAAGAGCCGACGGUCAGCCUAGGAGCCUGCGCCCUCGGCAAGGGACUUUAUUGGAGGGUGAUGGACGAGCCGGCCGCACAGGGCUCCCCAGAGGAGGACCAGCUUGCCAAGCAGCUGCAGCACGACUUCGCCACGUUCUCGCCCACCUCUCCUCCAGGCAACCUGGAGAGAAUGGCAGAGGAUCUCAGGACGCUGAUCCAGGUCCGGAGAGCUCCGGCCCCUGCUACGAAGUCCGAGCAGCCGCCUCCGCUGCCGCCUGCGGAUCCCGAGCAGCCGCCUUCGCUGCCGCCUGCACAGCCCGAGCAGCCGCCUCCACUGCCGCCUGUGCAGCCCGAGCAGCCGCCUUCGUCGCCCGCUGCUCCCGAGCAGGCGCUCCCUCCGCCAGCAGCUCCCGAGCAGGCGCUCCCUCCGCCAGCAGCUCCCGAGCAGGCGCUCCCUCCGCCUGCAGCUCCCGAGCAGGCGCUCCCUCCCCCAGCAGCUCCCGCGCCCAUGCCCGAGGUGCUCCCUGUGCCUGCAGCUCCCGCGCCCAAGGCGCUCCCUCCGCCUGCAGCUCCCGAGCAGGCGCUCCCUCCCCCAGCAGCUCCCGCGCCCACACCCAAGGUGCUCCCUCCGCCUGCAGCUCCAGCGCUCAUGCCCGAGGCGCUCCCUGUGCAUGCAGCUCCCACGCCCACGCCCCAGGCGCUCCCUGUGCCUGCAGCUCCCGCGCCCACGCCCCAGGCGCUCCCUGUGCAUGCAGCUCCCACGCCCCAGGCGCUCCCUGUGCCUGCAGCUCCCGCGCCCACGCCCGAGGCGCUCCCUCCGCCUCAAAUGACUGUGCCCCCUGGGGCUCUUGUUCCUGGCCCCACUCCUGUCCCUGACCCAGCUCCAGUCUUUCCUGCCCUAGUCCCCGAGGAGGUCCCGGACAGUCCAACCACCGCUCCGCCCUCCUUGGAGGUAGAGGAGCUGGAAUGGGACCCCUCGGGGACCUUCUUAGUGACUCCUCUUCCCUCGCCCCAGCGAGAUCGACCCCAGCCUAGGGCCCCAAUGUCUGUGUCCAAGAAGGGGAGAGGACACAGACGCAGGGCUGGGGUCCCGCCUGCCCUGCCCCCUGGCUCGCCCUCCCUCCUGGCUCGCCCUCCCUUGCCUGCGCUGGGGCUCGGUCAGCGCCUACGGGUCCUGGCCCUCCAGGUCGGCUGUUGCCUGCGGGUCCCCCUCCGAGGCCUCGUCGGUCUGCCUCGCUCCCUCCUCUGACUCCUCGUCGGUCGCCUGCGGGUUCCCCGGACGCGGCUCCUCCGUCGCCUGCGGUUCCCCUAACUCUGGCGCGUCGGAGGACGUCGCCGCCUGCUGCGGCUCCCCCCCUCUCCUUGCCCUCGCCAGGGUCCCCUCCAGCUCCCUCGUCCCCUUCCCUGGUUCUCCCUCCAGCUCCCUCCUCGGUCCCUCGCCCUGCCCCCUGAUUAUCCACGUGUGCUUUCCCGAUCUUGCCCAGCUGUGUCCUAUUAUUUUCGCCCAGUCUUGUCUAUUUCAGUCCGUGUCUUACGUUGGUUUCUUGUCGGUCAUUGACGUUGUGUUCCUGUUAUAAUGUUCCCUAGUCAUCUCCCCAAUAAAUCCCCAGUUUUCCCCGUC